CUAGAAGUUUCCUUAGUGACAGUGACAGGUUAAUGACAGAAAAGGAAGGAAGAAAUGUUGCCAGUUGCCAUGUGAAAUUUCCACCACAAAAAUGAUCUCCCCGUUUUUAUAAUUUUAUGGUUAAUGUCAUCUGUCAAAGUCAAAAAGAUAACCUAACAGUUAAAUUUUAAAAUAGCGACGAAUAUAAAUAAAUGGAUCAGCCAACGGCAAAAAAAUUAUUAAAACAUGGUGCAAUAUUUCUGUUCUUGGACGUACCGGAAGGCACAGAGUUCGGGAUUGAUUUGAAAUCAUGGAACACGGGAGAAAAAUUUAGAGGGGUUAAAAUGAUACCACCUGGAAUUCACUACGUCUUUUAUAAUAGUGUUAGUAGCACCGGAGAUACAGCACCCAGAGUAGGAUUUUUUCAUAAUUUUAAAUCUGGGGAAGUGCUAGCAAGAAAAUGGGAUAAAAUUAAUGAAGAUAUGAGUAUGGACGUUGUUCCGCAAAGCGAAAUAUCAGUUUUAAUGGAUAAUAUUAGAAUGUUAGAUCAAUUUUUGGGGCCAUAUCCUUUUGAAAUAUUACAAAGAUGGAAACAGUUAACGUCACAUUUAAAUGAGAAUCUAUUGUAUAAUUUAAUGCCUUUAUCUGGAAAGAUUAGAUCAGCUUUAGAAUUAGUUUCAUGCAAAGAUUGUGAUAGACCAAAAGGAAAUAAAAUAAUCGAGGAUGGUCCAUCAACAAGUAAAAGACGAUCAACUAGAAUAGAUUGCGAUGAAUUACUGGAUAACUUACUACCAGAUAUGAAACCAAUAGCAGGAACAGAAAUAAGAUUUACUCCAAUACCUUCUAAACGAUACCCUGAUGGAUCUUCACCAUCAGAAAUAACUAAACACUGUAUGGAUCAAUCAUACAUUUUAGAUGUACUCUUAGAAGAUUCUAUAACCGAUAUGGAUCUAUUGGGUGAAAUGCAAUUUUCGUACAUUUGUUUUUUAGUUGGUCAUAGCAUGGAAGCUUUCCAACAAUGGAAACAAAUUAUUUGUUUAGUAUGUUCAUGUGAAGACAUAAUUGUAAAAUAUCAAAGUAUGUACGAGGAAUUUCUUUCCAUUCUAGAAAUGCAUGUAAAGGAAAUUCCCGAAGAAUUUCUUGCUGAUAUAUGUUCUAAUAAUAAUUUCGUUUAUGUAAAAUUAAGACAACUAUUUGGAUACAUAAUAAUGCCGCGUGUUUCACAAAAAUUAAAAAAUAAAGUCGAUAGGCUCAUCAAAAUGUUAUCGAAGAAUUACGAUUGGGAUUUUAGUCAUUUAGAAUCUGAAGAUGAAGAUGAUGCUCCUGUUGUUGUAGAAUUAGGAGAUUGUACAUAUUAAUAAAUAAAGUAUUAAUAAAAUUUG